GUGUUUAAAUGUCGGCGCUAACGAACCCCACCCUCACGACAGUGUGCCCAAGGCCAGCUGAGCCGCUCACCGUUUAUUGAGACCCGGCUGUUGCACAAAGCCUCCCCUUGGCGGGGGGCGGGUUUAUUUUGCACAGCAAGCUGCAGUGAGCACAACGACUGAAAAGCGCAGUGCCAGAUGUAGGGGAUUUGUGUGAACAAGGAAGACAACUGUGUAGCUCCUUCACUAACCCACUUGAAGGAUCGCUAAUGGCAGACUAGUAAAUUCCACAUCAUAUCAGGUACAAGAAGUGAAGUAGAGAGAAAAGAUUGCGUUUAAGGAGAGAGUGAAGAUUGAUCAGGAGCAACAGAUGGUGAUUCUGGAUGAAGAGUAUGAGGAUAUUUCCCCAGAAGAACUCAAGAAUGAGCUCCCUGAACAUCAACCCAGAUUUGUGGUCUACAGCUACAGAUAUAAGCAUACUGAUGGAAGGGUCUCCUAUCCAUUGUGCUUUAUAUUCUUUAGUCCUUGUGGUUGUAAGCCUGAACAGCAGAUGAUUUAUGCUGGUAGCAAAAUUGGAUUGGUGGAUGUGGCGGAAUUUACCAAGGUCUUUGAAAUUAGAAAUACAGAAGAUUUUAGUGAAGAAUGGCUGUGCAAAAAAUUGGGAUUUUUCCGUUAGAAUGUGAUUGACUCACUUUGCUUUUUAUGAAUUAAUACCACAAGCUUGAAUUCUAACACUACUCCAGAAACUGGAAAAUUACAUUAAAGUUUGAAACUAUAUAUAAAAGUAAUGGGUUUAUGCACUGAAAAUGUUGAAUGCAGUUUUCCAAGAAGAUUAACUCUUCAAACAUUUCAUAGUUUUUGUUCCUGUCCCCUCCUCUAUGAGCCAGAAAAUAAAGGCGGAUCAGGGUUGUCUGGGAGAUUAGAAUAGAGCAAUCCUUUAACUUCUAAGUACAAUGCAAGUAAGAACAUAGAAAAAAUAUUUCUUCCCACUUCGUAAUGGUCAAAGUUAAUAGUUAGCUUUUAAUGUCCAAUUUGAUGCUUAGCAUUACUUUUUGCUUUGGUUAGGAACAAAUUAAUUGGAUGAUUAUCCCAGUUCAUUACAGGGUAGGGGUGGUCUUUUGCAUCUGUCCUAUUGGUACACACAUUUUCCUAUUGCUUUAAAAAUGAAGAGUGCUACCUUUUUUGCCUUGGCAUGAUUUAGUAUAAAUCCUAUUAUUUUUGACUUUGAAAUUUUGUUUAGAUUUUUCACUUCUGUUUUCAAUAAAUUUCACAAGGAAAUUCCAUAUUACCUUAUGCAAUUUUGGGUUUCUUUCACAAAGUUUAGUGAACACUUGAGAAUUCAACUUACCUGUGCUAAUUUAAGUAAAUUGACCUAAUAGCUUUGGUUGAUCAGAUCUUACAUUUUUGUUGGCUUUAACUUGUAAAAAGUAUUGUUUUGUUUGAACAGUGUCUGUUCAGAACAAGUCUAAUUCUUAAUUAUUUCUGAAAAUAUGAAGUCUGUUCUUUUCCACUUUGACUAAAAUGCAUCCUACCAGGAAUAAAAACAAAUAUUUGACUUGG